AUCCAAGCACGUAGAUAUUGCAAUCUCUUUGAUUAUUUAAUACUGAUCAAAGACAACCUCAACUGCUUCAACUCUAUUACAAUCUAUCAUCUCUUGUCUUCACAUGUUUCCCAUAACUUUUUCUCUUCUUUCUCCAUCCUCAAAGAUUCCACUAAUCCAUUUUUCAUUCUUGUCUAAUCCAUUAUGACUGUGAAGAAAGUUGAGAUCAAGGUGGAUAUAAACUGUGGGAAAUGCAAUAGCGCAAUCUUGGAAGCAGUCACAGUGAUUGAAGGUGUGAAUCAUAUAUCAUUAGAUGAGGAGAAAAACAUACUUACCGUAGUGGGAACAAUGGAUCCGGUCUGCGUUGCUUCACGACUCAAGAAAAUUAAACAGAAGCCUGUGAUCAUCAGCGUUGGACCACCACCAAAACCUCCAGAACCGCCAAAGCCUCCAGAGCCACCAAAGCCUCCAGCAGAGCCUGAGCCACCAAAGCCUCCUCCUCCACCACCACCUGAAAAACCAAAGCCUGUAUGCAACUGCAAACCUAUGUUUCCUAAUCCUUACUGCGCAAGUUGCGAUGUUGUGUCUGUUACUACCUAUGAAAGUGGAAGCGGCUGCACCAUUGUUUGAGUCUUGUAUAUCUUACCUUAAUUGCUGCUACUUUUUAUCAUAACCUUCAUGUCAAGUCCCGAAACUUAUAUUAGUAAUACUUUUUUUUUUAUAAUGCUAUUUUUUUUCAUAAGAUAUGUAUCUUUAUUGUUGUUUCUCUCUCACUUGUUUUAAUUAGUAGCUCCUUUGAUGCGUAGUCUCAUAAACUCCAAAUCUCAUUGGAGAAACGUAUGAUUGAUUGUGCUGCUCUGGAAAUCCAUAAUAAAACCCAAAACAAAGUUUUGCCCAUAAGAGUUUAAAUGCAAUCAUAGAGAAAUGAUUCCUCUUUUUUUUUUUCCAUUGCAAGUAGUUGAUAGAUAUAUAAUAUUGGUAUUGUCAACAUUAGUCCCACAAAAAAUUUCACAAAUUUCCAACAAAUGCAGAUAAUGGAUAAGAAUAACAAUAUAAUAGAGACAAUAAAGAAAGUGAAGAGAGUAGAGAAGAUACAGAGUGUGUUGACACUUGACACCCUGGUUCUAGAGUGAGAGACAGCUAACCAGUUUUCCCCACUCUGUGUGAUUAUAGGUAUCAUUUUCCUUUUUAAGUUCUUUCAGCCAAACUAAGUUCUUCAUCAAAUCUGCAUAUAUAAUCAUCUGAAUUCUUGAAAUUGAACCCUGUCCAUUACUUUUUAUUCUCAUUCCUUCUGAAUCUUCUUUCAUGGCUUCAGAUUCUUAGACCACAACUGCAACUACAUCUGAUAAGCCAAUGGAGAUUAAGGUGAAUCAAGAAGCUAAGUUGAUGGAAAAAGAGAUAGUAUUGCAGGAAACUGAGGAUGUAGUGAAAGACAAACCGGUUUCAGAUUCAAACCUGAAGGUUACAAAGGAUGAAUCUACAGAAGAGAGGAAAGAUGAAAGUGAAAGUGACGAGAAGAAGGUAGCUGAGCAAGUGGAACUUAAAGAACCAACCCUUGUUCCAGUGGUUAAUACUGAAGCUGUUGAUGUGGAGAAAGCAGAAGAGAAGCAAAUAAUGGAGAGUGUUGUUGAAGAAGACAAUAAGGAUAAGGAGGAGAAAGAGGUGGUUGAUGUUUCAGAUGAAGUUGGAAGCAAACAGGUGGAACCAGUUGAUGUUCAACUUGUUAGAGAAGUACCUUCAGAGACUAUAGAAGACAAAUCUUAAAGAUGUUGAGGUUCUUGAAGUCAAGCCAAAGCCAGAGGAUUCUGAAACAACUGAGACUCCGCUUGAGAAAGCAAAGGAAGUGGCACCAGAAGUUGAAGUAGUAAAGGCAGAAGAAACACCUGAAUCAACAGAACAAGCUAGGGUUGAGACUGAAGACGACGUUUCAUCUCGUCCUUAUGUCAUUGAGAAGACCAUUACUGAAGAGAAGCGUGUAGUGGAAGAACCAUCAAAGGAUGAACAAGAGAAAGCAAGUGAAGCCAAAGAUGUCGUUACUAAACUAGCUACAGAAGAUGAGAACAUCACGAAAGACACUGCUACAGAAUCAAGAGAGAAGGAAACUGAAGGAAACAAACAAGAGGAAUCAAUUACAGAGAAAGUAUCAGAGGUUGUUGAAGUGAGCGAUGAGCUGAAACAAGAAGCAGAAGUCACAACCAAAGAAGUUGAUGUUAAGCAAAAACAUUCAAACAGCAUUAUGUCAAAGGUGAAGCAGUCUCUUGUUAAGGCAAAGAAAGCCAUCAUUGGAAAAUCUCCAAGCUCUAAGACUAUCACAACGGAAGAAGCCAAAGAAGAAACCAAAGUCAAGUGAUAAAGAAGUCAUGUGUUAAAUUUUUUCAAGGUUUUUAAAUUUAUUUUGCUUCGUGUGAGGGAAAAACAGAACAUUCUUUUGCUUUUUGUUUAUGGUUGUGUGGUUACAAUUUAUAUCUGUAAACCUACAAGCUUUGUGUUGUGUUAUGGAUGUGUGUUUAGAAAUUUCUUCAAGUUAUUGUCAUGGAAGUAAUUUCUGUUUAGUCUCAAAUUCUUAUGGGAGUUAAUGGGCUUUUAUGGGCCUUAAUGGGUUAUUUUGUAACCCAAACAAUGUCCAGGAUAACUGGUGUACAGAAUGGAUCAACAUACCAACCGGUUAAGACCAAUGUCGGCAGGACCGAAUCUAUUCGGAAUGAUAAAAGGAACUAAUAGUUUCAAGAAGCAAGAUAUUACCACUUAUUUAUAACAAGAAAAAAUGACAUAACCACCUUUGAUUAGGACAUCAUAUAUAAAGUAAGAAACACUUUUAAUAUGUGCGGUGUCAAUUCGAUGCCACGGUUAUGCGUUGGUGUCGGCCACAAUAAUUUAAUAAUUAAGGAAUAGAUGACCAUUUUGUAAAGAAAAUUUGUUCAGUGAAAGCGACUUUAGGAAGAAAUAACAUAUGCUAUUAUACUGACAGACGAAGCCAGACUAGAAUGAUCCACAGACCACACGAUCAUAAGGAUCUCAAAAUAUCAUUAUUUUGUAACUUUCUUUAUUUGCAUCAAAGAGUAUUCAAUGACAACUAAGCUUUGCUGUCAUUAAUAUAUAUACAAUGUUUGAUUGGUUAGCUUGUUAACUUAACAUUAAUUUUCGCUACAAAAUACGGAAGUUGAAAUGAAGCCAAAACAAGUCGGGAUAGGUCAUACGUCAACAACCACAAUUUAAACAUUCUUCAAAGUUUGUAGUUCUUUUAUUUAUUUUUGGAUAAAAGAAUGCUUAAUUAUACCGGUUAUUGAAACGCGGACCGACCAAUAGGUUUAUAUUCAAACUAUAUACGAUAUCCAAACCAGCGAUGCAUCUACAUUGAUGAUGCAAAAUACGAUACAGUGAAUACAAACUGAGAAAUGAACACACAGAGUGCAAGCAUGGACUUGGCACGUGAGAGGACGGCCGGAUAAUGUGUUGACAGACCUGAAGGCAUGUGACUGGUCAACGUGUCUUGUUACUGUUGCUAGAAGGUGUGAAGCCAUACCUCUCGCCGAACUCCACGGCGGCGAUUGUCCCGGCCCACAUUCCCAUUCCGACAAUAAAAUGGUUUUUGAAUAGUAUUAUGGUUUCAAAACAUAUAUAAAAUGCGUUGUGCUUGGGCUACGUGUACCUCUUGGUACGCUAUUUAACUUCCUGACAAGUGCCAUGAAAUUUAGUAGUCUAACGACAAACAAUUGUUUUUUUGUCAACAGAUAAAAGAAUUCGUAGAAUAUGUUUUUUCUUGAUUUUAACAUUGGAUAUUUUCAAUGUGACAUUUUGUAUAAUUGGUGUAGAAUUUAAUUACCGAUUUCUUUCAAGAAAGAAUAAGAGCUCUACAUUAAUAGGAUAAAUAUAUAGUAUCACCGGGCUGGAAACCUAGUUAAAUCAACUAAAGGCCACAUUUCAGCAACUUUUAGCUAGCGUAAUGGGUUUAUCAAUUUAAAUCGACGUCAAAACGUAGUUGAAGUUAUUUUCGUGCACGUAUCUAUAUCCCACAUCACCUUCAAUUUAUAUAAAUGAUAAAAAAAAAAUUCCUAUAAGUUUGUCUUGGGUGCCCAGGAAAUUAGUUUAUACACAUGACACGGUAACCUCAAAUUGAUAGUCUGACUCUUUCCUAAUACUUAUAAGAAAUUUUUAUUUAAAUAUCAAUAUUUUUUUUUUAUCAAUGAACAUGAUAUACUGGUUUUAUCAUUUGUUUUUAUUCAAACAUGGGGUAAAAGUAAGAAUAUGAGAAAGAAACAGUAUAUUAGAGCCAAUAGGUUUCAGGAAAUAAUUAAUUUAAGAGUUAUUAUUCACUUAAUCUGUUUGAAGUAAAUUGUAAGAUACCCUCUUUUACUCCCAAAAGAAAAAAAGAAACAAAUAAAUCAUUUUUGAUCAAAAAAAAAAAUCAUUAAGGUUUGAAAAAAUGAAAAAAAAAUAUCCCUAAAGAAAAAGGCCAUACAGAGUGGACACCACGUGGCGUGGCUCAUACAGUUCUCUAAAGUCAGGUCUAUAUAUAACCAGACCAUACAAGGAGAUUCAAGAGUCCAGAAUCAUCAAGAGAAGUUCUAUUAUAAUUUAGCUUUUAAACAUAAACAUUUUCUUACAAACUCAAAGAGCUUGAAAAAUGAGUACAGCUACUUUCGUAGAAAUCCUUCUGGCUAUCCUCUUGCCUCCUCUCGGCGUCUUUCUCAAAUUUGGCUUAAAGGUUGAGUUUUGGAUAUGUUUGAUAUUGACGCUGUUUGGUUAUCUUCCCGGGAUCCUUUACGCUCUUUAUAUCAUCACCAAGGACUGAUUUUCAUAUCUCAUCUGUUCUUUCCUCUCGGUCUCCUUGAGGAAACAGCUGUUCGUCGUCGUGAUCUCCCAUUGGGACUGCUUCAUCAUUUGUUUUAUCUGUUCUGAGUAAUUAAUUGUCAUUGUUGUAUUUGUAUUAUUAUAUACUUUAUGCUGAUAUAUAUGAAGAAGAAUUCGUUGGUUUA